UUCGGCCACAUGUCGCGCAGGUCUUCCCAUCGGACGCUGCGCCACCUCCUCGCGCUGCUGUACGAACCUAGAUCAGCGACGCCCCGCCUCCUGUCUCACUCCUCACCUCCCUGCCCCCUCCAGUUUCGCGUCUCCUUGCUGGCGCUCCCGCUAUAAUCACGUGAUUGCUUCAUCCGGGUCCUUUGCGUUCUCUCUCCCUCUCCCAACAUGGCGGCCUCAGCAAAAAAGAAGAAUAAGAAGGGAAAGACUAUCUCCCUAACAGACUUUCUGGCCGAGGAUGGAGGGACUGGCGGAGGAAGCACCUAUGUCCCCAAACCAGUCAGCUGGGCUGAUGAAACAGAUGACUUGGAAGGAGAUGUUUCAACCACUUGGCACAGUAAUGAUGAUGAUGUGUAUAGGGCACCUCCAAUUGACCGUUCCAUCCUACCCACUGCUCCACGGGCUGCUCGGGAACCCAAUAUUGACAGGAGCCGUCUUCCCAAAUCACCACCCUACACAGCUUUUCUAGGGAACCUGCCCUAUGAUGUGACAGAAGACUCCAUUAAGGAAUUCUUUAGAGGAUUAAAUAUCAGUGCAGUGCGUUUACCACGUGAACCCAGCAAUCCAGAAAGGUUAAAAGGUUUUGGUUACGCUGAGUUCGAGGACCUGGAUUCCUUGUUCAAUGCCCUGAGCCUCAAUGAAGAGUCUCUAGGUAACAGGAGAAUUCGAGUGGACGUUGCUGAUCAAGCCCAGGAUAAAGACAGGGAUGAUCGUUCUUUUGGCCGAGACAGAAAUCGGGAUUCUGACAAAACAGAUACAGACUGGAGGGCGCGCCCUGCCACAGACAGCUUUGAUGACUACCCACCUAGAAGAGGCGAUGACAGCUUUGGAGACAAGUAUCGAGAUCGUUACGAUUCAGACCGAUACCGUGAUGGUUUUCGGGACAGUUACCGUGAUGGCCCACGCCGGGACAUGGAUCGGUACAGUGGCCGGGACCGUUACGAUGACAGAAGCAGCAGAGACUAUGAUAGAGGCUAUGAUUCCAGGAUAGGCAGUGGCAGAAGAGCAUUUGGUAGUGGGUACCGUAGGGAUGAUGACUACAGAGGAGGCGGGGACCGCUAUGAGGACAGAUAUGACAGACGUGAUGACCGGUCCUGGAGUUCCAGAGAUGACUACUCUCGGGAUGAUUAUAGGCGUGAUGAUAGAGGUCCCCCCCAAAGACCCAAACUGAAUCUAAAGCCUCGGAGCACUCCUAAGGAAGAUGAUUCCUCUGCUAGCACCUCCCAGUCCAGUCGAGCGGCCUCUAUCUUUGGAGGGGCUAAGCCUGUUGACACGGCUGCUAGAGAACGAGAAGUAGAGGAGCGGCUACAGAAGGAACAAGAGAAAUUGCAGCGGCAGCUGGAUGAGCCAAAAUUAGAACGGCGGCCUCGGGAGAGACACCCAAGCUGGCGAAGCGAAGAAACUCAGGAACGGGAACGGUCAAGGACAGGAAGUGAAUCGUCACAGACUGGGACCUCAGCCACUUCUGGCAGAAGUAAGUCAGAUCAGGAUGUGCGAAGAAGAGAGAGUGAGAAGUCUCUAGAAAAUGAAACACUCAGUAAGGAGGAAGACUGUCACUCUCCAACUUCCAAGCCUUCCAAACCCGAACAGCCUCUAAAGGUAAUGCCAGCCCCUCCACCAAAGGAGAAUGCUUGGGUGAAGCGAAGUUCUAACCCUCCUGCUCGAUCUCAGAGCUCAGACACAGAGCAGCAAUCCCCUACAAGUGUUGGGGGCAAAGUACUUCCAGCUCAGCCAUCUGAGGAAGGACCAGCAAGGAAAGAUGAAAAUAAAGUGGAUGGGGUGAGUAUCCCGAAAGGCCAAAGUGGGAACUCCGGCCGGGGUCCAGGAGACGGAGGGAACAAAGACCACUGGAAGGAGUCAGACAGGAAAGAUGGCAAAAAGGAUCAAGACUCCCGAUCUGCACCUGAGCCAAAGAAACCUGAAGAAAAUCCAGCCUCUAAGUUCAGUUCUGCAAGCAAGUAUGCUGCUCUCUCAGUUGAUGGUGAAGAUGAAAACGAGGAAGAAGAUUACACCGAAUAGACCUCUACAUCCUGUGCUUUCUCCGAGUCUCUCUCUACCCUGGAACAUCGAGAGCAAAUCAAACCUCUAUCCAGACAAGACAAAAUAAAACUCACCAUCUCCUGGAGACCUUUCUUAACUUUUUUUUUAAAACAAUGAAAUGAAAUGAAAUUCUUUUGCAUGCUGCUGCAGCCUUUAAAGUAUUGAACUAACUGGAGAAUCGCCAAUAUAACCAGAGAGAAAGACAUAUUUUAACGGAAAAGUUGUGCGGUUUUAUACACAUGCAGUUGCCUGUGUGAUUAGUGCCUAGAGGACUCCAUUUAGGAAAACGGCAGUGACAGUGAUACAAUGUCUGGAAUCUGGUUGGGCAGUGGGGCAGGUAUGAAGAAGAGUGUGAGAUUCUUUAAUUCUUAUCCUAAUGUGGCAUAUAUUAAUUCUCAAACAUCUAAAUAAAUUCUCCAUUCUUGGAAAGGUAGGUUUAGUCUCUGAAAUUUUAGUCUCCAGGAGGCUGCCAGCCCCUCCUCUUAUUUAAUUCUGAGUUAGUGGGGCCAGCCUAGGGGGAAUUCCUUCAUUUUUACCCCCCAGGGGGGUAGCUGGAAGUGAGUCUACAGGCCACUGAAGAAUAGGACUGCUUGGUGACCAAAAUAAGUGGGGAAAUCGUGGUUUUAAAAGAAGCUUUGAGGAGGUGAUGAAUUAUUUUGCACCAGUAAUAGGGAAAAAUGGUAUGACCUCCAAUGAAUACAUGAGUGGUUACUUCCUGCAGCAGGAAGCACUUGGGGGGGUGGGAAUUCCCAGGUCUCUUACGUGUCCUGGUUUUGCCCUUUCUUAAACAUUAUCCUUUUUCAAACUUCAGCUCAAUCCACAUUUUGCUGAAAUCUUGAAGCUUUACAAAUUUAGACUCAUCUCAUGUUCCUCAUCUCCUCUUUCCUCUUACCUCCCAAAAAACAGCUUCUCUUUAAGCCACAUACCCAGUCUCCUAGGCAUUCUGUAUCAGCCCCUGGGAGCUGUCAAAUGAGGAAUCACUGCUUUUCUCAAGUAAAUCUUGGCUUCUUUGUCUUUUGACUCUCCUAUCCAUUCCUGCUCCUGCUUCUUUGACCCCUUUUACACCUCAGAACAUUCUGGGAUUGAUGGUCUUACUUGGUGAGUGAGGGCAGAUAAACAGGGACAGUUAAAGCUGGGAGCCUUUCUUGUGACCUUGAUUAGGGUUUUUGUUUCGGGCUUUUUAUUUUGUGGGUUGUUGUUGGGGUUGGGUUUUCUUUUCCCCCCUUUUUUUUUCUUUUUUUUUUUUUUUAACAUGUUUCCUUCUUCACUGAAAUCCCACACCAAUGUUCAGAUUUAUAAUGUGGCCUAGACCAAUGUGUGGUUUGGUUUGGUUUGGUUUUUUAGCCUCCCUUGAGAAUAAAUGAUAAUGGAGAGAACUAUUUAACAAGGUCCUGGUUUCUCUUGCAACACAGUAGCUUGACUUGCCUGCUUUCAUGUGCACCUUUGUACUGUCAGUGCGGUAGGUAGUAUCUUCAUGGGCAGUGUGGGUACCUACAGAGAAAUUGCACCUUGGUCUCCUGUUUGCAAGCCCUUCUCCCAUCAGUCUUAGAUUAGGCCCUGUCCAGCCACACAGGGGUGUUGGUUUACGAGUGCUGCAGCAGUGGGCAUAACAAAUCAUUUACCCAGUGGAUAUAGAAGACAUACCAAGUGAAAUAACUUUAAUAAUUGGCUUGGAUGGCUAGUAGCUAGGAAGUGGCUUUUAAGGAGAUACCCAAGGUUGGAAGGGGUUUUUCUUUAGAAACCACUUGCUGUAGAUGAUGACGAGAUAGGGUUUGCCUUCUUCAAGUCUCCUUCCAAAUAGUUGUAUCCAAAAAGGCUUUUUUUUUUCCCCACUCCCCUACCUUGGCCCCUGUUAAAACAGAAACAGGGAUUUAUGUCCCACUCCUCAAUACAUGUAAAAUUUGUACAAAAAUAUCUUCUAUGAAAAUGAUUUGUAAUCUGUAGACUUACUACCUGGGAGAUGUCUUGAGAUGUGAAUCCCAUCCUUUGGGUUGUGGGGUUUUUUGUUUUCUCCAAAUAAAUCUAAUCUUUAAAGUUCA